AUGUACCAUCAACGCCAAAAGUCUUCUUCUUCGGCAAGAUCUGAUCUGUCGAGCCGCUCUUUCCUCUCAGCAUCGCCUUCUCAAAGCCCUAGACCUACACCUUCUAUUCCUUCUCCUUCUGUAUACAGAAACUCUCUAUCUCCUGCCGACACCCCUCAUAAACGAAAUCGCUACAAGACGUUGUUCUUCACGCCGUCAAUUAGAGACUCUGGUAUCUCGCUGAACGCACCGACUUCGGAUCCAAGACUGCCUAGUCCUCUGACACCACCUUGCUUUCCGGUCCCUCGCGUACCAGUUCAAGAGGAGCCUUACAAUCAAAACGAGCUCGACUUCUUAGUCGACGAACUUGCUAUUUGGUUUGGCUAUCAGGAAAGCAGUAGUAUGGUGUACCCUACGCCCGACCGAUGUGACUCGCCAACAUUAGGCUCAUUCCCGGCUGGCUUGGGUCAUCCUUCUACUCCCAUGCCUCCCAAACCAACUUCUGUCUGGCCCAGGAAAAGACAAAACAAGACCAGAGGACCCACUUCGCCGCUCCCUGGAGCAAGUCAUCUCAACUCUCCGGUGGACUUGUCCAUGCGCGAACUGGCGAUAAGCUCAAGGUCAAACAAGACCAAGAAAUCAAAUACCUCGCCCAAGCCAGUUAUCAACCCAUCUUCACCCCUCCUUGGUCUACCACAAGUGUUCCGCCGUCUUGCUCUGACAGACCCGCACAUCAAUGGUCAACCUAUCCGCUUCCUAUCCCAUGACUACGUCGCCGGAGCGAAUAGUCUUAGAGUAGGCAGUUGCACAUUCAUGAAUUUGCCCUAUGGUGCAGAUGUCGAAUGCGGCUUACGAGUCGAGCCAAGCUUCCCUCGCAGUGCUUCAAAAGCACAAGUCGUGAUUCUGCAAAUCGUACAAAGAGUCGUCAGAGUCAGAGAUGGCAGUAGUGUGUGGCUCUUAUGCUCCGAAGUCGACGUCUCAGCCUCUUUCACCCCAGAAGUGCGAGCUGAACUAUCUUCUAUCACUUCCGCCAGCUCUUCCCAACCAUCAGACAAGGGAAAGGGAAAGCAAAGGCAUACAGAUGACGAUAUUUGGUUAUCCCUAGCCCAACAACUAGAAACAGAUUCUUACGCACCCAGCACAACACAUCUGCCCACCACCUCUGCCAUUUCCGAAGAUAUCAACAAAAAAACACCAGCACUCUCCGAUCUCCUGUCCUUACUAACCGAGCUUCGCUUCCUGCACCGCCAAUUCUUCAUCCUCCAACCCAAGAUAUCGAAAUCGAGCGGCCACACCACACUAGCGAUCCCUUACUUAUCAAGCAGCUUACAUACGUCCCUCCUCUCCCUCCCCACUUCUAAUCACAACCCCACCCAUACGACCAAUAUCAACAGUUUCGACACUUCAAUCUACACACCCAAUACCACCGAGCCAAACCCCUUGAGCAUUUUCAUCACCACCGCAACCACACAAGCGAAAAAAUGGCUCCUUUCCACCGAGUCAACUCCCGAGAUGACGGUGAUCAGACAAAUUCUGGAGUUGCCAAAAAUAGGCAAAGGAAAAGAUUUACACGAGAAAAUCGGGGUUUUUGGAGUCAGGGUUGGGGAAGGAGGGGGUAGAGGGUUGGGAUGUUGGGUUUGUUUUCUGGUACCUGUGGGUGUGGAAAAGGAACUUUGA